AUGGAAGAACUUCUCCACUGCGAUCAAAGCUGUCUACGGUCCGCCGACGAAGGGCACUGCUCCUCUCCUCUGCGUUUACGGUUAUACCCUCCUGACCGAGAAGACGCAAAUUCUACAGCGAUGGCUGAGCAUUUUCGAGGCGUCCUCAACCGCCCCUCCGCCAUCUCAGACACCGCCAUCGACCGCCUGCCGCAAGUGGAGAACAACGUGGACCUCGACCUCCCGCCAUCUCUCCAGGAGACCAUCAGGGCCGUGCAGCAGCUCUCCAGCGGGAAAGCACCCGGAUCGGACGCAAUCCCCUCUGAGGUCUGCAAGCACGGAGGUCCCCAACUGAUGGAUCGCCUGACUGCGCUCUUCCAAGAGAUGUGACGUCAAGGUAAAGUCCCGCAAGAUUUCAAGGACGCAACAAUCGUGCACCUAUACAAGCGAAAAGGGAACCGCCAAAUCUGCGUCAAUCACCGCUGUAUCUCCUUGCUAAACAGCACCGGGAAGAUAUUCGCUCGCAUCCUUCUCAACCGCCUCAAUAACCAUCUCGAGCGGGGCCUUCUGCCGGAAAGCCAAUGCGGCUUCCGUCGCCAUCGUGGGACCACGGAUAUGAUCUUCGCCGCCCCUCAACUUCAGGAGAAGUGCCAGGAGAUGCGGACCCACCUGUACUCUACCUUCGUGGACCUGACGAAAGCCUUCGACACGGUGAAUCGUGAAGGACUGUGGAAGAUCAUGCAGAAAUUCGGCUGUCCGGAGCGAUUCAAUCAGAUGGUACGUCAGCUGCACGACGCUAUGAUGGCGCGAGUCACGGACAACGAUGCUGUCUCAGAGGCAUUCGCAGUGACCAACGGAGUGAAGCAGGGAUGCGCGCUGGCGCCUACCCUUUUCAGCUUUUUGUUCUCUGUCAUGCUGAUGGACGCCUACCGCGACGAACGCCCCGGGAUCCGCAUCACCUACAGGACGGACGGUCACCUGCUGAAUCAACGACGGAUGCACUUCCAAUUGCGCGUAUCCACAACCAACGUUCACGAGCUUCUCUUCGCCGACGACUGCGCCCUGAACACCACCAAGGAAGAGGAGAUGUAA